AUGGAAGCCAAUUAUACGGUGGCUUGGGAGGCUUUGUGUAAUCGUUUCAAUAAUACAAACCUUUUGAUACAUAACCAUAUAAAAGCUAUAUUUAGUAUAGAGGCCGUACAGCAGGAAAGUGCUGCUCAGAUUCGCAAGGUCUUGGACACUUCAAACAAACAUUUGAGAGCUCUGAACGCACUGAAUCAGCCGACUGACCAGUGGGACGUGCUGUUGAUAUAUAUCGUCACGACCAAACUUGAUAAAAUAACCGCACGUGCUUGGGAGAAAGAAAAAACAGAGAACGAAUUUCGUACAUUGGAAGAUCUAAAGAAUUUUUUAAAGGCUAGGUCGGAUAUGCUUGAGACUCUAGAAAUAAAUAACUUGCAAAUAGACAAAAAUGCUAAAUUAAAGUCUAACAAUAACAAUAAAAGUAAUCAGUCCAAAGUCAAGUCCUUUCUAGCUAAAAAAUUGAACUGUUUGUUUUGUGAUGGGGAACACUUCAUUCAAGAUUGUUCCAAAUUUAUUGAACUCGUGCCGCAACAAAGGGCAGAGAAAAUCAAGAGCUUCAAGGUUUUUUUGAAUUGUUUUAGACCGGGCCAUUAUGUGAAACAGUGUAGAAGUACUAAUUGCAAGAAGUGCCAUAGUAAACACAACACAAUGUUACAUUUCGAAAAAGGUGAAUCGAGCAGUGAAACAAGUGCUGCGGCACCUCAAGAGUCAAAAACUCUAUCUUCUUGUUGCGUUAAUGUAAAAAACGAUGGAGUCUUGUCCACAGCAUCCGUGCUGGUAGCAAAUUCGGAUAAACAAUUGAAGACAGCUCGCAUUGUUUUAGACAAUGGUUCUCAAACCGGCCAUAUUACAGAAAAACUCUGUGACUCCCUCAAUCUUCAGAAAAUUCCAAUAGAUGUGACGUUAAGUGUAGUAAACAAUCUUUCUUCCAGUGUCAAGUAUAGAUGCAACGUUCAAAUUCUCUCAAGACAAAAUAAUUUUGAGUUUAAGGUUCCCUGUCUUGUCGUUCCGGAAAUCACAACUCAUUCUCCAAAUUCGAAAAUUAGCACAAUCGCCUCAAAGAUUCCUUCUCAUCUCAAUUUAGCAGAUCCUGAAUUUGACAAGGCCGGAAAAAUUGAUAUAUUAAUAGGAAAUAACAUCUUUUGGACUUUGAUUUGUAUAGGUCAAGUAAAAUUAAAUGAUCAAGGUUUGCUUUUACAAAAAACUAGAUUGGGUUGGAUCUUGGCGGGUCCAAUGCCAAAUUCUUCUCUAAUGUCUCGAUUCAAUACAGUUCGUUGCAACUUGAUUCAGAAUAUAAACAUAGAAAAACAAAUUGCAAAAUUUUGGGAGUUAGAAGAGCAUUUGAAUAAAAAAUCGAAGUCCAUUGAUGAGAAAUUGUGCGAAUCUCUUUUUAGCAAAACUGUAAAGAGAGAUGCAAAUGGCAGAUUCAUUGUCACAAUCCCCUUCAAGGACGAAACUCCAAAAGAAAUUGUUCAGACGGCCCUGAUUGUUUACGGUUUGGAGAGUCCCGAGAUAGUACGAAGGUCACUGAGGGUACACCUCAGACUGCCAUUAUAG